ACGCAACAUUAUCAACGACUUCUCACUCACCAAAUGGGUGUGGAUUAACUGCGCAUGUGCAUGACCGAGCUUUUACGGAGGCUGAUCGGGUUUAUCCAGGGGGUCUACAUCAAAAAAGGAAAAUAAAAGAGUCAUGUCAGGUUUUCUGGACGGGAUCCGGUGCGGAGAUUGCGAAUGCAAUGUGGACUGGGGAGAAAGGAGAAACACCAUCGCAUCUGUUGCAGCUGGAGUUCUGUUCUUCACCGGUUGGUGGAUCAUCAUCGAUGCAGCAGUGAAAUAUCCUGAUGAAGGACAGUUUCAUCAUGCAUAUCACACUUGUGGAGUCAUUGCUACAGUGGCCUUCCUCAUGAUAAAUGCUGUUUCAAAUGGCCAAGUGAGGGGGGACAGCUACAGUGAAGGCUGCAUGGGACAGACUGGCGCUCGAGUGUGGCUCUUCAUCGGCUUCAUGCUGGCUUUUGGCUCCCUCAUUGCCUCCAUGUGGAUUCUGUUUGGGGGAUUUGUUGUGGCUCAAAAGCCUGUUGUCUACCCUGGGAUUGCCAUUUUCUUCCAAAAUGCAUUCAUUUUCUUUGGGGGUUUGGUCUUCAAGUUUGGACGCACAGAGGAUCUCUGGCAGUAACUGAUUCAGCGUGUCUUCAUGUCUACAGUUUAAAGACUCUGCUUUCUGCAUUGCAUUAGAAAACAUGCUUUAGUGGUUAUUAUCUUUAUAUAAACUUUUUUAGCUUCAAAAUUAUCUUUUUUUUAUUUAUAUUAUUUGCAUUAAAAUAGCUAAAUCAUAAUAAACAUAGAUUUGAGUAAUUUCUUUGGAAGUAUGAUCUUUUCAAGUGUGGCACAUCUCUAAAUGUAUCUUUUUGCACUCAGAUUGUGUGGCCAUGAUUCUAUAAGUUUUUACAACUUGUGUAAAAAAAAGUUGGGGUUUUUUUGUGAGCUUGACUGCCCUGAACUGUCCACAUUUCCUUUGGGGAUACUUUACUUCUAUGACAGCCUUUAAUCCAAAACGGUCUCUUGUGGAGAAAAUAAAAAUAAAUUUAAAGGCA